AGCUCUGUUGUGUUGGGAUGAAAAUUUCUCAUCAUCAUUUGCCCUAGUUCAUCAGGAUCAGUCUAUAGCUGGAAGGCUCAACACAGCAGACUCACUUUACAGCUAACAAUCCUGUCAGGAUCAUAGGUGAAACCAUGAGGGUGCUGGUAGGUGUUGUAGUGUGCACCGUGGUGCUUCUACUGUCCCUAAGGAGCUGUGCUGCAGUGCGACCAGACUUGACAAUCACUACAAUAAAGCAAGAUCCAUACACAAUGUCCAAAGGCUCACAGCUGGAAGGGUACUGCAUGGACCUGCUGUCUGAACUGGCCAAGAAACUGGGCUUCAAAUACAAUGUGCACCUGGUGAAAGAUGGGUCCUAUGGCAGGCAGGAUGAGAGUGGGGCCUGGAAUGGGAUGAUUGGAGAGGUGGUGAGAGGGGAGGCAGACCUAGCGAUUGCUCCUUUGACCCUCACUGCUGCCCGGGAGAAGGCUGUGGGGAUGACCAAACCCUUCAUGCAGACAGGCAUCAGUAUUCUCCUGAGGAAAGACAUCUCAGUAGAGGCUGGUUUCUUUGACUUCCUGACUCCCUUCUCAGUAGAGACCUGGGUGGGGAUCCUCGUUGCAUACCUGGGGACUGCUAUCUGCAUCUGUGUAGUAGCCAGACUCAGCCCAUGUGAGUGGAGUCAACCCCAGACUGAGAAAAACAGCUUCACUCUCAGCCAUAGUCUGUGGUACACCGCUGGAGCCCUCACUUUACAGGGUGCCGGUCCACACCCCAAAGCUUUAUCAGGACGCAUCAUCUGCUGCACCUGGUGGUUGUUUGGUCUGGUCCUCUUGGCCUGCUAUUUCUCCAACCUCAGCACCUCUCAGGGCUCAGACUCCAAUUCACUGAUGGUGAAAGGGUUUGAGGACUUGGCCAACCAGCAAGGGAUUGAGUAUGGGACCCUGUCUAGCUCCUCUACGCUUGCCUUCUUCAAGAACUCUAACAACCCAACCUACCGCAGGAUCUAUGAGCACAUGGAAAGAACCAAGAGUUUUGUGUUGUCAAUGGAUGAGGGUGUUCGCCGGGCAAAGGAGGGCAACUUUGCCUUCAUUGGCGAGUCUGUGUCACUGGACUUGGCGGUGGCACGUCACUGUGAGCUGAUCCGUGUCCAUGAGGUCAUCGGCAUGAGAGGGUACAGCAUCGCAGGCACCCUGGGCUCUCCCAUGCUGAAGAACCUGAGUGUGGCCAUCCUGCAGCUGAGUGAGGCAGGGGAGUUGGCCUACCUGCGCAGUAAGUGGUGGGCCAGCAGCUGCAUGGCAGACCCAGCCAAGGCCUCCCCCCUGCAGCCCCACAGCCUGAAGGGCAUGUUCCUGGUGCUGGCCCUGGGCCUGGGGCUGGGGGUGCUGCUGGCUGUCCUGGAGCUCACCGCCAAGUCCCGGAGCAGUGCUGGGGAGCAGAGGAAAUCAUGUUGCACAGUGUUGUCUGAAGAACUGAGUCAGCGUUUGAGGACCACCACCACCAAUGAGAAGAGAAGCGAGGAAACCGCAGACAAAGAAAACGCAUGAGGAGACAUGACAGUAUACGCUAAUAUAUACGGCCUAACAAAGCAAAUGUCUCUAUGCAGGUCUUGACAUGAGUCAUGGCCUGUAUACUUAUUUGAAUUUUCAAUACUAUCUAGCACAGUGAGACAGAGUGUAUCAGAAGGGCUUCCAGACUGUUACAUGAUAUAUGUUAAUUAACAGUGAUACAUAACAUACUGAAGUCAAUUAACAAUACUACUAAAGUAUUAUGUUUAAAAAUAAAUAUCUGAUAGCAGAGCAUUUUACUGAGAAAACCAACACGUAUAUUUACUGUUACAAAACAUGUAAUGUGUACUGAUUUAGAAAUAUUUAAGGGAAGUGCAAAAAUAGAAAUUAAACAUGAAGAUCCAA